GGUACUUUUUUUUGCUGUCUCCCCGUUGGUUUGGAUUUAGCUUGGAAAGGCUGGAACAGGGCCAUGAGCUUCCCAAGCAGGUCAGGCUCUUGGGAAAUUCUCCUACCCAACUGCUGACCUCAGGCAGGAUGCUGAACUCGGUCCUGCAACAGGACUGUUUGGAUUAAUGUUUGUUGAAGUUUGAAUCCUUUAUACUGCUGUGAGGCUGCGCAGUCUUGAAAUACUAUGUUUCUGCCUUGUGUAAAUACCUGAUUGUUUCCCUGAUGGCAUCUCAGCAUUUAGCAAACUGGGGUCUCAACACGCUGUCAGCUGGGUUAAGGGAAAGGGCCCUAAGUCUGGGUAUAACCAUUGGCAGUGCUCCAGAAGGUGCCUGCCUUUAAAAAGCAGAGGGCCUUAUUUUCAGACCACGGCAUCUAUUUAGAUUCAGGCUGUUCAGCAAGUGCACGUACUUGGCUGCUUACUGAAACCUAUACUUACUGAUAUUGUAAUCCAGAGCUUGUGUUUGCAGGCGGUGCCGCUCGGUUGAAUGCAAUCCUUGCACAAAAAAUCAUCUGUAUGUAGAUACUAGAAUGUGAACAGUGAUGGCUGUGUGAGUGGAUAGCGGGUCAAGACCCUCUGAAAAUAGAAACACAUUGAUGUUGUUAGCAAAAGCUGCGGAGCGUGUUUUCCUUGAAAAUGGUUAUUCAGUGUUGUCCUCGGUGCCUUUGAAUUAAACAUACUGUAAGAAAGAGUUUGCUGGAAUUCUGACUGUACUGGAGGAUUGGAUAUUGGGUAGUCAUUAUCAGCAGCCAGAGACGGUGGCGUGACCUGCUGAACAGACAGCAAGAUGCAUAGGUACUACCAGGAGGGGAAUCUAAGGCAGGAAAACGCAUGGAAAAAUAUGUAUAAGUAAAAGUUGCACAGCCAGCCCUUAUGCAGCAAAUAAAGCAAGGUCUUGCUGACCUUGGCAGCUGUACAGGGCAGCCUUUGCAUAAGAAUGACUUGUGUUUAAUAUACUAGAGAAAUUAUUCAGGAACAAAUACUCUCGCUUCAUGCAGCAUUGGGGACACAUCUUUUUUUAUUCCGUUUGCAAUGUAGAAACACAAAUGCACUGCAGACAGGGUAGGAGGAGCACUGACUCCCCUCAGGCACUUUCGGCUGCAUGUCCUGUGUCUGGAGAAGGAAACUCAGUGCUGUCCUGCCCAAGCUGAGCUCUCAAUGCUGUUAGCAGUCCCCUUUUCCUGCGGGGCUUGCGGUGGCUGGAUGUGAAGGCAGCGUGAUGGGCGUCUUCCUUAAUUAGCCCAUGUGGUUUGUGUCUGCUAACAAGAGAUCUGCUGUACUGCAGGCACGCAAAGUAGUAACGAGAAGGAUUGAUAGGAAAAUAUUAGUGUGAAAGAGGGUGAUGGCUUUGUUCCUCUAUGAAAAUGUAUUUUUACUUGCAAAUCUAGGCAUCUGCAGCUCAGAAGGCGUAGGUGGGCUUGGGCUGUCCGGCCCUUUGGUACUGCCCUGUAGCAGGGCUGGAUUGCUGAGUCUUGUCUGGCUACGGGAAGAGGAGCUGUGCCCAGGGCUGUGUCCUGCAGAGCCGUGCCCCUGGGCAGCCCAGCACCUCAGAGAAGUGCUUUGCUCUGCUGGCUGUGCUGUGGUGAAGCAAGCAGAGGGAUCUCUAUCUGCAGGCUGGCACAGGCACGAUACGCAUGACAUGCCAGGAGAUAGGGACUGGCAGACUGGCAAAGCCUUGACCUCCCUGUCAGCAUUUCCCAUGCUCUGGUUCUUGUAUGCAGUUCUGAACCCAGCCAAGUACAGCUCACCUGCUAUUCUGUGUGGGCAGGCGUUCCUGCAGAGCCUAUCUGUGGUGGCUCCCCACAUUGGAGCCUGGUCCCUCUCCAUUUGAGCUGGGACAGAUGGACCCCACGCUGGCUGCAUGCUCAUUGUGCCCUGGGGCCUGGCCAGUCCCCACACUGCCACCAGCCUGGGCUCUGCGUCUGCUCAGCUCCACGUGGCCUGGCAAUCUCUUCCCUGCUCAACAGCAUCGGCAUUUCGCCGAGCUCUGCAGGUAGUGCUGCUUGCGGAUUCUUACUCACUUCCACUGGUUUUCGUGAGGUUUUUCUCACCUGCUGAAGAGAUCAGUGCCAUAACUGCCCCCCCUUUGAGAACAAAUCCAUCCCGUGAGUUCUGCCGGAGCAGUUUUGGAGGGCUGUUUUGGAGGGAUAUUGGGAGAGGGCCAGAGAUGGUGUUUGUUAAUAUUGAUCAUGGGAAGUGUAAUUAUUGUGGAUAUAAAGUGUUAAAUGUAAAAUUGAAAUGGGAGAUUUGAAAGCAGUCAAUAGAUCAAUUCAGAGGCUGGGAUGAAAUGCUCAGACUUUCAAAUAAUAAUCAGAUUUCCAAUGAAAUCUCCAUUGUGUGUAAUUAAAGGGGUUGCAAUAUUAAAUCAGGUGUUAACGGAAUGAUAUUUAGAAGGUGUUGAAGGAACCAAGAUCCAGACAAAAAGAGGGCGAGCAGAGCCCCUAAUGGGGCAUAAAUGAUGUGAAGUGUGGGAAAUAUAUGAAACUAGCAAUUAAAACCACAAAAAGGGGAGAACGAUGGGAAAACAGCAAAAAUCCCUGCUGCAGAGCCCAACACCUGUUUUGGUGGAGAGGGGCCUCGUUUGUCCUGGUAGAUCCUUCAUAUUCCAAGGUCAUGGUCCACCUAUAUGCAUGCAUGUCUACAGCUGAGAUGGUCUUGUUAGCAAGCCAGCCUUCCAGAGAAGCGAGGACAGCACAUUAAAACCCACCAGCAGGAAGUACUGCCAUGCAGAAGACUUCCAGGAGAUGUAAAAAUGUUAAUUACCAAACACCACCAUGUUUCAGUUGAUAAGAACCAAGGCAUGCGAUUGGUGCUUUGUGAACACGCAGAGGGAGCAAUUAAACAGAGAGGUGAAUUAAGUUCAGCUCUUCCCCCAGUGGGAUAUAUGAGGUAUCCAAGGGCACGUAGUAUUUCCAGGACACUUCUUUGAAAUCUGUGCUUUUUCCCUUGCCCUGCAAUCCUUAAGUGUGCAGAAAAAGCAGCAGAGUAGUGACUUCCUAAUUUAACUGGCCUGUGAGUAAUGGUUCUGCUCUGCCAGUGGGCUUCAUUUUCUGAUGCUGCAAACCGUGCAGGAGGAAGCACCACAGUUCCCAUUCCCCGAAUACUUAUUUUUGCUCUAAUUCCUAAAAGGGAUAACUCAGAACAUGACACAGACUCUUUUACUAUGUUUACUGUGGGCUCUGCGCCUCUGAAGGUAACGUUGGCAUGAGAUGGAGGGGAAAGCACUUCUGUGCUAGAUCAGAUGGAUGAACUUUCUCGUUAGCCCUGGGCAUUUAUUCCUAACCUGUGCCUGUGAUGUGAUUAGCUGUGAAGGUGUAGCUGUGAAGCUCUCCAGAGCCUUGGAAGAUGCAUGUUUUAACAGUGUGCUCUCACUUUGUUUUGUAAUCCCGGUGGCAGCCUCUGCUGGUUAGUUCUUGAGGUUUAAAUGCUGAUUAGGUUAAUGGAUUGUAAUGUAACCCCACCCAGCUGGUCAUCAGUCCCUUGGAAAUGCCUUGUGAUUGUGCUCAGUAUUGCAUAAUUGCAAGCCCUGCCUUACCUGCAGACUUGGCGAGGCCGGAACUUAGCCUGCUCUGUGAGCAGUGGGGUGAGAGCAGCUCUCCUGGAGCUCUUCUGGUAAGGUCUGUAACAUUUUCACCUGGCGUAGUUGGGCAGAGGUAACUCAGUCUUGUGCUGCAGCCUACAGAAGAGCUGCUUUGCUAACAAAGCCUGAAUGCGGGCUAGCUAAAUUGUGGGUCUUGUGUUCAAAAUCACUGUUAAUAUAUUUUUUUUAAUUGCAAGGGUUGCAAAGGAGGCUUGUAUUGAGCUCCUGCAAAAGGUGGGGAAUUGUGACAUUUCAUCCCACAAUUGCUCUGUCACUCUGACCCUCCCCUUUAAGGGAGAAAUAAGCUUCACCAACUGCUGUCCAUAAAUCUUUAACUUACUGCUGACACUGGAAGUCCCUAAAAAGAAGUGUCUGAGAAGAGACUGAUGCUUGGUCUGCAGCCUAUUGAAGUGCUGGGGGUAGGGAGAUCUGAGCGUGAUGGUGGCCAGAGGCUCCAAGGGAGCUUAUCUUCAUCCUUCACGUGGAGCUCUGAGGUCCUUGCCAGAGGAUGCUGCGGGUGCGUGGAGCUCGCAUGAGUGCUGGAGAGACUGGACGAGGAGCAAGUGAGCAGCUGGUUGGGGAAAGCUUGUCAGGCAAACCACAGCAGGCUCAGGAAAUCCUCUGAGUUAAAAAUAGUGGGAGGCUGGGAGACUAUCGGGCUGGGAGAUAGCGCAUGUCUGCCUUGCUGUUGCUCUUGGGUGGCAGUGGGUGGCUGCUGGCUGCUCGUCCUUGGCUGGGCUCCAUGGGAAGGGAGGGCCGUCCCUCCCCGUCUGCUCCCUUUCUCAGAGGUGCUCUGAGCUGUGCUGUCCCAUGGGGUGAAGAGGGGAAUUUGAGGAUAUGGGUUGUGCUGAAAGGAAAAGAGCAUCCUGCUCCGUGGCAGCACGGGUGGGGUGGUCCUCUCCUCACACAGAGCGGUUGGGGUUAAGCGGGGCCCUGGUGGGGCGGCAGCGAUGCGUGCGCUGCGUCUGUGUCAAGUCCCAGUCCUGUUUUUCCUGACCUGAAUGCAUGGAACAGCUUGUUCUCUAUUGUCUGUUAACCCUUACAAAGGCGCUUAAUCUUGUUCUCUUUUGUUCUGCAUUGGCUGUGCUCGGCGGGGUCAAGUCCCUGCUUUUGGUGCAGGGGCAGCGCUGCGCUCAAUAGCUGUGUGCCGCACAGGGCUGAGCGGUGACGGAGUUAAUUGCGGAGUGGUGAUGGCCCUCCCCAGCCGAGGAUCUGCUCCCAUGAGCUAUUUAAGCCUCUGUUUCUUGUAUCUCCAUGCCAAUCAGAUUAGCCGGUGCCAGGAAACAGACCUCAGCCUGCUUGCUCUUGAAUGCACCCUUUUUCCUUCUUACCUGUUUAUCCCAGUCAAGUCACUUCCUGCUCCACCUGUUUUUGGUUGUUUUUUUUUUUUAUUUAGCUGUGUUCCUUCCUUUUCGUUUUGUCUCCUUCUGGCCCAUCUCAUCCCUCCCUGAGGUGAUCGCACUGCAUUCUGCCACCCAGCCCUGGCACUUGGAAAUGGGCUGAGUCCUGUUCCUGCCAUGCUGCUUUGCAGCGUGUCGCCUCUGCUCUGCCGCGCUGUCUUGUUCUUGCUCUUGCUUUCCUCCACAGUGCUCAUCCUGCUGUAACUUGGCUUCCCCUUAAUGUGCAGCAGUAGAGAGAUCCUCAGUUCACCGGAGCUACUGAAAGUGCUCAUUUUUCCAGCAAAGAAAAGGAAACGUGGUCAGGGGGAGGUGAGUGUUCCCUGCUCACGUGGCUGAGAGCUGCCCUGCUGCAACCGAUCCCUGGGGCUGUUGCUUAUUCUCCAAACUGGACCCCUCUGCUUUCUUGCUGCUGAUUUCACUGAGGGAUUUGCUGCUGCAAAAAUAAACUCAACACCCCCAGUCUCACAGGACAUAGUGUUCCAGCCUGGCUGUGUGUGCCAAAACAGGCCCAUCCCUUGCCUCUUACAAGGCUCCACCUUUAUCCUUAUGCUAAAAAUAAAAGGCAAGGCUAUUCAUUCCUUCCUAGUCGCUCUGUUCUGUUGUUCUGACCUUAUUAGACUUUUCCAAUAUAAAAUUUCAUUGAACUCCUCUAUUAGCGGUGAAAACAAACAAGACCAUUGGACUUCCUCUGGAAAAAAUGAAUCUAUAUCACAGGGAAUUGUAGGGAGCCAAUUUUCCAGUGCUGAGUUUGUGCUGUAUGCAUGUGUUCCCUUGUAUGUAUUUCGUAAACAAAGUUGUCUUCACAUUUAGAAGACUUUAAAACAAUUUUUAUCCUUUAGAUCUGAACUGGCUUGCCUCCUCUGUUGGAAAUAAGUAGCUUCUGUAAUGUUAUAAGGAGCAGAGUGGCUGUUAGCUGGGGUUGCAAGAAGAGACUUUUUUUUUUUUUCAGACCUCCCAAGCUAAAUAUAUUUUGAGGCUUAUGUAUGUGCAUGUACGUAGGAAUGAUAGCCAGGUGAUAGAUUGCUAAGCCACAUCAUAAAUUCAGUUUGUUGGACACCUUUGAUUACCUCCUCUGCACUCUGCCUGUAAUCAUUCUCCUUCAAACAUCCUUCUAAUGUUCUUAACAGCAGCCAAUUAAAACAAAGACUCCACUUGCCAUCUAUCCCCUCUUUCCUCUGCCAUCAUCCAAGCUCUUUCCCUUGGGGGAAGGAAUUAAGUGCAAUGGUGUUUCCAAGAGCACGCUCCGGAUUUGGGGGAGUAUAUCCCUGUUUUGCUUUUGUCUGCUGAUUUUAAAGUCAGCUUUGGCAGAUACCCAACCAAGCAGAGAUGGGUGCUUGUGUGUUUGGGGCUGCAGGGUGCUGGCAAGGAUACAGCACGUGGAAGGCACUGUUCAUCCAAACGUGAGCCAUGGCUAGCUAGAGCCUGCGUUCUCAGACCCCUGGUUUGAUCCUGUGGUUUCACAUUAAGCCAGUUGUUUUCUGGAAGAAAAACACACCACAAGCAUUAGGAGGGAAAUCAAAAGUAAUUCCUGUUGCUAAGACCUUCCAUGGGGGAGAAGUUGUAGGUCGUUGUGUUACACAGAUGCAGGAAGGUGGGGAGAUGAUUGAAGAUCUCAGGACUUAUGUUGAUGUCUGUGACUCAGACAUCUUAGGGGGAAUGGAGGAUGUUCAGUCACUGCAGAGUUGAUUCACCUACCUGGCAAUGAGAUGAAGAGCAAUGAAUAAUAGAUUCUGGGGGGUGUGGAAGGCAGGAGAGGCCAACACACUAAUUUUAAGCAACUUGGGAAGUGCCUUAAGGGUGACUUUGUCUUUUUCUUGCCUUUUUUUUCAGAGCUUAGCUCUGCACACAGAAUUGGCUCCUCUGUGUGCAGAUGCUCAACCCCUCUCUGUCCCCAUGGGCACACCAGGCACACAGCCCCUGGGCACUCACCAGGCAGGUGGUACUGGGUGUCAGAAGUACACUUUCAGAAUGGGCUCUUAAUCCUUCUAGGUGCCUUCUGGCUCUGCUGUUCCCCCCACCCGUGUUCUGCUGCAGUGCUUCUGUGCUGGCAGGGUGUUUAUUGCUGUGCAAGCAGGACUGGAGCUGUUGGACAUGCCUUUCAUCCUGUUGCAGCCUGCUGGAGUAAUGGGGCAGAUGUAUGUGUAUGUGCAUGCUCCCCUCCUCCCUCUCUGUAUCCUGUUUCAUGCUGUAAUGACUCUGGGGUCUGAGAGGUCGCAUCAUCUAAUGCUUAAACAGCCUCUACAUCUAUAGAUGUUUUAUAAUGCCUGACUGCCAUUCUUGGGUUUUAUUUGCAAAGCAUCACCAAGAGAAAGGUCCCACUUGCAGAGGGACUGAGCAGCUUUGUCCAGUGUCACUGGUGCUGCACACAGCUGAGGCAAGAUUUGAGCCCCUGUCUGCAGAGUCUGGGAUCUGCAGACUAGAGCAUCUGUCCUGUGUAAGUAGCGGCCUAUGGGAACUACCUGUAUGAGAGCAGUGCCUUUGGGGCUUGAGGCUGGGCUGCCCUGGGUUUUCUGGUGUAUGGAAUGGAAAAUAAGCUCUCAAUUGUUGGUAUGUUUGCUUUUCCUGAUUUCCUGCAUUUUUUUUUUUUAAUGCUGAAAGAAAUUAUCCUAAGUAUCUUGGAUGCUUUUGUUGACUCUUCCCAUCUUUUUCAGUCAUCGCAUUUGAUUUGCAACCAGAAGAUGCUGUUUAGGGCUGAGUUUAGGAAUAAAUCAAAGCUACCUUUUUCCCAGGUCUGAAGUCAUUUCACAAAUGAUUCUUCGGUACCUUUGUAUGCGUUGUGCCCUUCUGUGUAGCCCUGAAGUGAUAGGUGCUUUCAUUACUGUGCAUGACUCCUCAUUUUGUAACACAUCAUGUAAUUCAGAUGGAUUUGAAUGUAGUAGCAUAAAGGCUUUGGAGGCCUGCCCUGUGCAAAGGGGAAAAUUACUGUCUGGCCCAGAGUGAUGGCUUUGUGAUGACUGCAUUGUGUUCUGGUGCUCUGUGUUUGUACCAAACUGGUUCGCUGCCAAGUUUCUUAUGGCUUAUCCAAGCACUCAAUACAAAGAAUGUUGAAAGAAAAACUAUUUCUGUUUUCUGUGAGUUCCUCCGGCUGAGAGAAUUCAAGCCGCUGUCCAAGUGGCUGUCUCCUCUUUCUGCAGGCCAGUUUUCACCUGGCUGGACAGCUAAUGUUACCGUGUGAAUCUGCAGUGUGUUUGUGUGUGUGUGUGGGCAGGGAUGUACUUCAAGGAGAUGGACUGUGAGAUCUGAAAGGAAAAUGCCUUCUUAUUACUUGCCCUGGAGGCAGGCUCGAGAAGUCUCCUGGAGCACUGGGAUUACAUGAUUGGGAAGCCCAGGGCUCAUCGUAGCCACAGAUGUUCUGAGCCUGCAGCAUUUCUCUUCAGCUCCUUGUGAGCAGGCUUCACCUUGCUCCUCAGUGCCCCAUCACACGUUGGUGUGCAGGAUGGGCGCUGCAGCCUGCCUCCAGCUCUGAGCCUGGGGAUGCCUUCCCAAAGUCCUUGGUCUUUGUGCAGCGCUGAAUGGCUGAGCUGACCUCGUACUGCACUCAUUCUGCAGCUUCAUGGCACACGUUGUCUGGCUUGAAGGCUAAGGCUGUGCUGGAAGCUUAGGAAAGGCUGAUUGUCAGUGCUGCCAGCAGCAUCCUGCAAAGGGCAGGUCAGUGACAGGAUUCCUUGCUGUUGGCUGUGUCCCCAUUGGCUUGCCCAAAUGCGUGGACACUUGGUUGAUUGUCAGGGACCUUGGGGGUUUCUUGAGCACUGAGCAGGAUAAUCAGGUAGAUUGUGGGAUACAUCUGCUUGAUCCUAUUUCUUAUGAUUACGUGGUGAGGAACAAGCCUUAAUGAGCCUUGGCCUUUUCUGUCUCCUCUGUAAAUCUGUUUGACUCAAUUGAGCUCUCUUUGUGCCAGACAACUCUCUUUGUGCUUGGAGAUGGAAGCAUCCACCUCUGAAGCUGGCUGUGCUUUGAGCAGGGCUGUGGAUUAGCUGACCUCUAGAGAUCCCUGCCAACGUUUUUUUCCUUUUUUUUGUGAGUGUUUGCAGCUGGUGUAAUUGUGGUCCUAACCCCUCUGUAGUGGUGCUGGCAGUGGAGGGGAUUUUAGCACUGCUUCAGAGAAGCAUCGUAGCUGUUUCUGCACCACAGAGAAAAUGCUGCCUUUGAGUUAACCAUUGUGCUCUAACUUGCUCUCUGGCCUCUGGUCCCAGGGAGCUGCCUCGUGUGAGGCCAGAAGAGAUCUGACAGGUGUGGGUUCCUUCUCUGUGUCUCUGGCUGGGGAGAGAUGCGCUCAGAAUGCCCAUAUCUCACAGGUGAGAAGGAUCUGCAGGUGGUCUCCAUCACUCCUAGUGGAAAGCCGAAGGAGGAAAGGUCUUAUCCUCUGCCUGGUCUCAAAUAAAUUGAUGGUAGGAAAUCAAAAGCCCAGAAGAACAACAAAGGUGUGGUAGGGGUUGUUACUUUCAACAGCGAAUGUUUUCAGUGAAGCUGGGGGAAGUUCUGUUUGAAGCACUGUGUGCUGUCCUGGAGCACCCUAUGGGAAUGCAUUCGUUCUGCAGGGCAUGUGUGGGACUUCAGCACUUGUAGCUUUCUGACUUCGUUCAGAGACAAAUAAUUACACAAAAAAAGCUCCUUAAAUUGCAGUACUCCUCUACUAGGUUUUUGGCUUAGAAUUCCCCAGCAGACAGUGGCAAAUAGCUGUCAGCCUUUUGCCUGUGGAAGUGUUUUGGAGAAGAGCCAGUCUCACAGGAGCAAAGAGGAGAGGUGUUCUUUGCAUGUUGCUGGACAGGAGGUUGAUGAUGAAGAAAAGCAGAUUGUGAAGAUUUCAGGCAGCUGAGGGAGUAGGAGCACCACGGACCACAGUGAAGAAUGAUAGAGUUCAGAAAUCGAUUUUUUUCAAAUAUUUUAUUAGAUACUGCACUUAUUUUUCCUAUAGUUGUUUGUUGCAAGAUGCAAAUGUGGAGAAACGCAUGUUUGUAAUGGAGGGAGAAGCUCACCAAGGUUUUGGUGUUUUUUUUCUUCUUUGCACUGAAAGGUUUCCUUCUCUCACAGUUCUUUGUUAUCUAUUGUUUGCGUUAGCUUUCUGAUUCCUCAGCUGCCACUUCUCCAGGUAAGAGAAGAGCCCAGGUCAGGGUAGAUCAUGCCAGUGCCAUUAUGAACAGAGCAGUGCUUGCAGAGGUAGGUGGUGGACAGCCCGUUUCUCAAGGACAGCAGCAUGCAGUACUACUGACCCUGCAGAGUACUGCACCUGUCUUCUGGGGUGCUGUAAAUCCAGCAGCUUUAGCAAGGUGCUUUUGGGCAAGUUUUCUAUGAUUUGGGGUGCAGUACAUGCGUCCUCAGCCACCAAGAAUUCAGUUUGUGCUGCUCAUUCCAUAGAGGUCAUGACCAGUAACCCACACUCCAAAAAGUGACUCCAAGCCAGAGGCGUGAGUGAGUGGGGGAAGGAGAAUGAGUGGCAGUGCACAGAGAUGUGUGGUAUUUGCAUGCCCAAACAUCCAGCUCUUGCACACAGCCAUUUCUGUAGCUGGUUUGCAUCCUGUCAGUAAGGCUUUUCCAUUGCAGCAGCGCUGGGGGUGUUUUAUUUGUGUGUGGUUUCUGGGUUUGUCCUUUCUGAACAGACAGCAGUCAGGGCUGAAGUUGGACUCUUGGGUGUGCAGUGUGAUCCUUGGUGAUUCAUGGCUCUCAACAGCUGCAGUUAGAUCUCAAACAAACUUCUCAGGCAUGGCUGUGGUAGAAAAUCUGCUGUUUUUCUGUUCAUCUAGUAGGAGAACAAAAGCUUUACUUCUUUCCUGUUGUAAAGGUCUACCUCGCAUUAAGUAAACUGUUCCCUGAGGGAGAGUGUGUCCAGGUACAGACUGUUCACAAAGGAAGUAUUCAAAGUGCCUACCAAGUUCCCAAAGUGUUUGCUUAAUAUAAGGGCUGGAGCAAAAAAUAGAAUAUUUUCUAAUUUGAGAGCAAAAAAUACCUCUUGCAAGUGCUAGAAAAUUCAUUGACCUUCUUCAGCUUGGAUCCUGCAGCAGUAAGUGCACGGGCGAGGAGAAAGAGCUGCUGGGAGGCCGCAGUGUGUGCAGAUCCCUCUGUUCCAAGCACGCAGCGUGUGCCCGCUGCCUACACGCUGCUGGCACUGUCACAGGAAUUUGAGUCUGCAGCCAUUUGAGAGGUUUUUGUGUGAUGCAGUGUAAGAGCCUUGCUAAUCUGGACUUGAGCAGCGGAGGAUCCAUGUAUUGAUCUCAUGAGGGUUAUUUUUGUGGUUUCUUUUGCUGUUUACAGCCGUGCCAGCUUUGCUUCUGAAGCACUCGUAAGCCCAGCGGAGCUGCUCUGUGAUGCAGUCAUGGCAGUACCUUCCUUGCCGCAUGCUCUUGGAGACUCAAAUGAGCUUCUCGAAUGUCACUGUGGCUCGGUUGCUGAAAAGUGCCUUUCCUGAAGCCACCGCUGCUUGGAUUUCUGUCUAGGGCUGCCUCUCUCUUCCCCCUCACCCCUUUCUUUUUAAUUUGGCGUUGCUUGCAGUCCGUACCCUGACGGCAACUCAUCCAUCUUCUUUUUUUUUUUUUUUUUUUGUGCUCCCUGUUUGCACGCAGUUUGCUCAGCCAUUUUUUCUUCCCCCGACUAUGUAGCAAAUAUUUAAAAAAAAAAAAAAAAGAAAAGAAAAACCUAACAUCCUUUUGCUCGUUUUGAUGCUCGUGAACAGUAAUUUUGAGAAGCAAGAAAAAGAAGGAAAAAAAAAAAAGUUUUCCCCCCAAGGACUGAGACCAUUCCACAAACUGAAGUGCUGCCAGCAGCAUAUGCUUUUUGCAAGAAUAAUUGAAACCAUUAACCAGAGAGCACAGAAUUCUUUUGAAAGUCUGCCAGUUAUUUUCAAGUAACUUCGGCAGUGGCACAAAAUAUAACACUUAUAUUUUAACUUCUACAAUUGCACUUUUAGGAGCUGGCCUCUAAUUUGAUUUGCAGUUACUCUGAUAAGAUUUCUAUUUUAUGAUUGGCUUUAUGUUUGAUUCUUGUUUAAACAAACACGAUUUGACUUAAAUGAAAACCUAAGUGCUGAUGAAUAGGAGUUCUACCAAAGCAACAAGUUAGUUAUUUCUUCACGUUUCACUUGAAUUCACUUUUUUACCCUUUUUUUUAAAUAAAGAAAAGAAGAUCAGCAGUAAAUAUUGCCCUGAAGAAGGGUGCGAUUGCUUGCAUUUUAAUUUUUGUUUUUAAUAUGGCUGUGAACGUUUCCCUGGUUCGUGAUACAAAAUGGCUGACGUUAGAAGUGUGUCGAGAGUUUCAGAGAGGAACUUGUUCUCGGUCUGAUGCAGAGUGCAAGUUCGCCCAUCCGUCACGGAGUUGCCAUGUGGAAAAUGGUCGAGUUAUUGCCUGCUUUGACUCCCUAAAGGGCCGGUGUACCCGAGAGAACUGCAAAUAUCUCCACCCUCCCCCGCACUUAAAAACACAACUUGAAAUAAAUGGACGCAACAACCUGAUUCAGCAAAAGACGGCCGCAGCCAUGUUUGCCCAGCAAAUGCAGUUCAUGCUACCAGGCACGCAGCUACAGCCAAUCACGACAUUUCCUGUGACUCCAUCGCUUGCAACAAGCCCCACAAUGGCUUUUAGUCCCUACCUGAGUCAUGUUUCUCCUGGGAUGGGCUUGGUUCCUGCGGAGCUUUUACCAAAUACUCCUGUCCUGGUUUCUGGAAAUCCAACUGUUACGGUACCAGGAAGCUCUGCUGGGCAGAAACUGAUGCGUACGGAUAAACUGGAGGUUUGUCGAGAGUUUCAGCGUGGAAAUUGCACACGUGGUGAGAACGACUGCCGCUAUGCUCACCCUAUAGAUAUUGCGAUGAUAGACACAAAUGAAAAUACUGUUACAGUUUGCAUGGAUUACAUCAAAGGUCGAUGCUCUAGGGAGAAAUGCAAGUACUUUCAUCCCCCUGCACACCUGCAAGCCAAAAUCAAGGCAGCUCAACAUCAGGUGAACCAGACAGCUGCAGCUGCAAUGGCCCUGCCGCCUGGUGCACUUCAACCUUUACCAAAGAGGCCAGCACUUGAAAAAAACAAUGGUGCCACCACAGUCUUUAACCCAAGCGUUUUCCACUACCAACAGGCUCUAGCCAACAUGCAGUUGCAACAGCCUGCGUUCAUCCCCACGGGGUCAGUUCUGUGCAUGACACCCACUGCAAGCGUUGUGCCCAUGAUGCACGGUGCUACGCCCACCACUGUGUCUGCAGCAACAACUCCUGCCACCAGCGUCCCCUUCGCUGCAACAGCUACCGCCAAUCAGAUAUCCCAGUUAUCAGUAGAUGAACUGAGUAGCAGCAUGUUUGUUUCACAGAUGUAGAAGUUCCCGAUAGAACACAGACCAUGUUGAAAUUCUGAACCAUAAAAUUAUGGAGCACCAGGACUUCUUGGUGGGAAGCUGCGCAUGGCCUUUCUGUAUAUAUCCCCUCUUCCCUUCUAUCGUUCUUUACCACCUCUACAGUAAGCCUGUUGCAGCCUACAUGUUAACCAAAAACUGAUCAAUGGGAAUGUCAAAAGAAAAAAAAAGAAAAAAAAAAA